UUUAUGCCCCCCUCACCAGUUGCACUGAAUUGGGUGACGGGUCUAUACGGGAACAUACAGGAGCUAGGUGUUAUUCCGUAACAUCAACGCAGGUAAAAACGCUAGCAACAGAAAAUUGAGAUAUCGACGGUGCCUCGAACUCCCUGGAUUUAAGGGGCUGCCUUUUUGGGGUGGUGGGACACCUCAGCUAAAGGGACCGCCCCCCGCUCCCUCGCUCCCCUGCUCCCCGUCUUUGGGAUGGAGGACCCCACCCCUCCGUCCUCCACGGUGGCGGCGGCGGGGCCAUCGCAGCUCUGGCGGAGCAGGAAGUCGGGGUGCCCCAACAUCUUCAGAGAUGUGAACCUGCGUCAGCUGCAGCGGCUCUUCCAGCGGGCGGGUGACCGCGACGCCGAGCAGCGGGCCCGGCUGGUGUGGGGUCAUGGGAACGCCGCCGAGCUGGCGCAGGCCCUAAUCACCCUGAGGGCGCGGGGCCGCAGGACCAGGCUCAGAGCAGAAGGGGCCCGUGAUGCACCGGGGGCCAGGUGGCUCCGAGCUUUCGGCCAUCUCAGGAUCAACGAGGAUUCUGCAGGGACCUCCGAUGAAGAGGAGACGGUGGUGGGCCCAGAGGGUGAGGCGGGAACCCAAGGGAACGAGCUUUUGGAGGAGGGACCCACAGAUUCUGAGCAGCUUCAGACCACCCCAGUCAACCCCCUAUGGAGCAGGCCCGGGGCCCUGAGGCAGAGGGCAGAGAGAAACCCAGAACGCUACCUCCAUCAGAUCUUGCACUGAGCAGACCAAGACGGGACCAUGCCCAAGCUGGAACACUGUGACAGGGUUGGUUGACUGCUCACCACUGGGGAUCCACCGGCCUGAUGUUCAGUGUAGAGACUGGUGAAAGCCCCAGUCCCAGUCUGGUUCUCAUUACAUAAUGACACUAUAGUGGCCUCACUGAGAAGCUAAGGGUGAGUGUGCUGCUAUAAAAUCUUGCAUUAAAACACUUCCUAGAUAUGACAGUGUCCCAGGGACGCAAACCCAUGCUUUUCACUGUAAGCAAUAAAAUUGUACAUUGUGUCAGUAAGGUACAGACUUACCACUUUAUAUGUUAAGUAUGGCAGAUGGGAGAGAGAGAAUGAAGAGACAGCUUUUUGACAUUUUACAUUUUUUUGGCUCUUGACAUUUCGGUAUGGCCUUCACAGGCAUCGUUAGCUAUAGGGGAAGUCCUCUAACAGCCUUACUUAGCUCUCAUGCCUUCCUGUGUUGCGACACCUAUGGUCAUAUGGGCUACCUUGUGAUUUUACAUCAGCAUCAAGCUGACCAAUGCGAGCAAAGCAUUAAAACCACAGAGCCAUGGUGUCAGAGAAACUGGUGACACCCAAAUAACACUGUGAGCGGUUACAACACUGAGGGUUUCCCUGGUUCGUUGUCUCCUGCUUGCAUUUCCAAAGCGAGGCCCCAUGGAUAUGAGGGUUCAUUUCCUGGAACUGCAAGCAACCGGUUUUCCACACACUACUGCUGGAAGAACCAGUCAAUGGGGUUUGUGCAGAUUGGAGAAUUUCUGUACCUUUUACACAUAUUAUAGUGUCAACCUGAUAGCAUGUUCUUACUUUAUACAUCAAUUCCAAUGUCAACCCAAAACGUCAAGUUCAAAAAAGGCUUCAGGAAUGUACAGACAUGUUGAAGUCACACCAGGAUUUUCUUGGAAUCUCUGAAUAAGAUCUGUCAUAACUUAUUUUUCUAGAAGGAUAUUUCAUUCUGCAAGCCGUGUAAGUGGGCCUUUUGUGAUCAAGAAAAAGUUGCAAACACUCCUACUUUAUAUACAACUGUUUACAGGUGUAUAGGUGUCUUGUAGAUGUCUUGUACCUUGGAUUUGAGGUCAUAACAUAUUUAUUAAAAUUUGAAACAUUUAAGGCGUAUGAUUACAUGUACAGGUACUAUAUCUACUAUAUCUGUACUCCUAUUAGUGAAACUUAAGGAUGCUACUUUUUAUAUAAACUCUAAACCGUCACAAAUGUAACUGCUAAACCUGUCUUGUGUAUACAAGUUUUGUCACUAUGAUUAUUAAUGUUAUUAAAAUGUUUUGUA